AUGCAAACCUCUAUGAAGAUACCGCUGGUUACUGUGUUAUGCGGGCUGCUCUUACUGCUGAUUAACUUGUGUUCUGCAAAUGACAACAACAGCAGCAGACCACGUGACAAGGUGAGUUUGUUUACUGGCAAGCAUUGUAAUAUAUAGCUUUAAUAUAUGAGAAGUGAAAGUCAGUCAAUGGUAGGUAGAAUGAAUGAACGGUGAUUUUUUUAUUUAAGGAUGCUUGACUGAGGUUGAUUGAUUGACUUAAUCAAUUGAUCAUGAAUUUAUAACGGAAUGAAUUUUUACAUUUUUCAUUUGGAGUAUUCCUCAACAGACUUCACCUUAAGGUUCGUGUGGUAAUGGUGGGUGUUUCUGUGCACCAGGAAUUCCAGGCAUCCCCGGGAGCCCUGGACCCGCCGGACCAGCAGGUGUCGCGGGAUCACCCGGUAAUCAUGGGCCUGAAGGACCCAUGGGCCCACGAGGAAACAAAGGUGAUGAAGGAGCUCGUGGAAAACCGGGACCAUCAGGCGUCAAAGGCGUUAAAGGACCUGCAGGCCCAGAAGGUCCACAUGGGGACAAAGGUGAAGCAGGUUCAGCUGGUUCCCCUGGAAACAAGGGUGAUACAGGUGCUCGUGGAAGUCAAGGUCCCCCUGGCCCCAAGGGACCUCAAGGACCCACAGGUUCAGCUGGUUCCCCUGGAAACAAGGGUGAUACAGGUGCUCGUGGGAAGCAAGGUCUUCCUGGCCUCAAGGGACCUCAAGGACCCUCAGGUUCCUUUGGUUCCCCUGGAAACAAGGGUGAUACAGGUGCUCGUGGAAGUCAAGGUCCCCCAGGUCCCAAGGGUGCUCGAGGAUCGUUUGCUCGUAAUUGGAAACAAUGCGUUUUUAAGAAAAUGUACGAUGACAGGGACUCCGGAUUGAUAAAGGUAACGACUGAGUUGGUUGUGCUAGCUUUUAUAAAUCAAGCCAAAGCAAACUAAUAAGUCUGACUUUGAAAUUUGCCUUAUUACGUGUAACGCUCAUUGGUUAAGUUCUUUGGGAAAAAGAUGCGUGUUUCUAAACUUGUGCGAACUAUACUAUUCACGGAAUGCUACAAAAUGCAGGAAAAAGGUCCAAAAACCAGAUCAGUUUCAGAUAUAUGUAUAUCUUUUGGUCUGAAUUUGAGUGAAAUACGUCAUGGCCGACUAUACUACUUAAUUGUUCCCACGGUCCAAGCUAUCUAGUACAGUUAAGGGUAAAAUCAUUACAAAAGUAGAAUAAGCAGCUCUAGCCCAGUAAAGAGUGAGAGGAGUUCAAGCAAUCCUCUUUGCAAAAAUGAGUUUGCUCGUUGAUCCAUGGUUAAAAUGUUUCCAGGGAGAAAUUUCUUACUGAUACAGCGAGUGAUAUACACGGCUUUCGGGUCGGUUUUUCCUGACUGUCAUGAAUCAAUUAAACGCACAUGUUUAAUUUCGGUUCACCUAGUUAAGAUCUUUCUUCUUCUGUCGAUUUUAAAGGAUUGUAUUUUCAAGAAAACAUCAGAUAGCACUGGACUGCGUGUCUUCUGGAAUGGAAAUCUUCGUCUCGCUAACUGCCAUCAUUGCUGCAGACGGUGGUAUUUCACUUUCAACGGUGCUGAGUGUUCAGCACCAGCAGCCAUUGACGGUAUAGUCUACAUGAUAUAUGGAAACAGCGGCAAAAAGAAUUUGCACCGUGUACGUCACAUUGAAGGAGUCUGUGAGAAAAUCCACAAAGGUACUGUUCGCGUGGGAUUCUGGGUCGGCAAUUGUGCUGGUUACGGAUCUGCUGAUGCUCAGACAGGCUGGAACUCAGUAUCCCGGAUCUAUGUGGAAGAAUUACCUCCGCUACAGGCUUAA